GAGGCCAUCCUGUCAACGCCACGGACCGUGUGAGGGAGCCACCCACCACCGGCCCAAGAAGGCAUGGUGACAACCUUCAAGAUCGCUGUGCUCGGGGCCCAGGGAGUAGGGAAAAGUGCCAUUGUGCGUCAGUUUAUCUACAACGAGUUCAGCGAAACUUGCAUUCCCACCAAAGCUCGUUGCGUCUUUCUACCAGCUGUCGUGAUGAAUGGCCAUGUCCACGAGCUUCAGAUCAUGGACUUUCCACCCAUUACUUCAUUCCCAGUCAACACCCUACAGGAGUGGGCAGACUCGUGCUGCAGAGGACUCAGAAGUGCACAUGCUUACAUCCUUGUUUAUGACAUCUGCUGCUUUGACAGCUUUGAAUACAUCAAGACCCUGAGGCAGCAAAUCUUGGAAACAAGAGUUAUUGGAACAACGGAAACCCCUAUCAUAAUAGUUGGUAACAAGCGUGACCUGCAGCGUGGACGUGUCAUACCUCGCUGGAAUGUGUCUCACCUGGUGAAGAAGACCUGGAAAUGUGGCUAUAUUGAGUGUUCAGCCAAGUAUAACUGGCACAUAUUGUUGCUCUUUAGUGAGCUGCUCAAGAGUGUGGGCUGUGCACGAUGUAAGCAUGUGCACGCUGCCAUACGCUUCCAAGGGGCAUUGCGGCACAACCGCUGCUCUGUUAUGUAA